AUGUUGGGCCAUGAAUUACCCAGUAUCGACGCCGAUGCUAAGAAUGCAGCCCAGCAUGUCGAAGUACGGCCUACUACGGCUGCGGCGCUGCGACGCGAAGCUGCGAGCCGGCAGUCGGACCUGGAGAAGCAGCUCAGCUUCUUCAGAAGCUUGUCCGUCUUUUGGCGAAGCACACUCUGGGUUCUCUAUGGCCAGCUCGUUGUCUUUGGCUACGGAAUCGAUGGGUUGAUUGCUGGAAAUCUUUUGGCUAUACCAAAGUUCAGGUAUGUUUCCUUUCUAUCCACGCCCCUGUCUGAACGACUAUACAUUGGCUCACCAGUGCCGGUAUGCAGAGAGGAUUACGGUGAGCUUUUCGGCAGUGGCGACAAGGCCACUUUCAUCAUUCCGGCAACAUGGCAGAGCAUCUACGGAGGAGUAGCACAGCUAGCCGCCAUCCUCGGUGCCGUCAUCACUGGCUGGAUGGCGGACAAGAUCGGCCGGAGAUACACCAACCUUCUCUUCUGCUGUAUCUCCGUCGUUGGCGUCGCAGUUCAGUACAUAUCUACCCAAAGUGGAUCACUUCCCAUUCUCACCGCUGGCAAGGCGAUUAACGGCCUCUCUAUUGGAGCGUGGCUUGUUAUAGGGCCGCUGUAUGCCUCUGAGGUGGCACCGCUGCAGCUACGAGGCUGGCUGACUGCGAUGACCAACAUAAUCCAGUUCUCCGGCACACUUCUCUUCACUGGAAUCAUGUACCAGUUGGGUCCUCGGAACGAAAAGAGCGCCUAUAUUAUCCCUUUUACUUGUCAGUGGGCCAUUCCGUGCCUUGUCAUCUUGACCAUAUGGCCCUGGCCAGAGUCUCCUGUCUGGCUGGUGCGAAUGGGCAGGAUAGAAGAGGCCAAGAAGGCCUUGCUGCGGCUCCAUGGCCGAAACAGCGGCAUUGACCGAGAGGGAAUCCUCGCUGUGAUCGAGGAGUCGAUUGUGGAGGAGCACGAGGCACGCGACACGACCAAGGCACCCUCAUACCUGGAUGCCUUCUCCCCAGAUGACCGGAAGAGGACUCUGACUUGUAUGUUCAUCUAUGGCUGUCAGUACUUUUCCGGUAUCAUCUUUGUCCUCGGCUACCAGUCAUAUUACUACCAGCUGGCCGGGUUCGACGCAAAGUUUUCUUUCCUAUUGGGAAUGCUAAAUAAUUGCAGUAUGUUUGUAGCUAAUAUUCUUUCAUGGCCUCUCCUCACUAUUGUUGGCCGCCGGCCGUUAAUCGUUUGGGGCCAAUUUGUCUGUGCCUUGACCCUGCUCAUCGUCGGCGCUACAUCUAUUCCCGGGGACAAACAAAGUACCAUCGCCACUAUAUCGUUUAUGUUUGUUUGGGGUUUCUGCUAUCAGAUCACACUUGGCACAGUUGCUUGGACUGUGGUUGCCGAGAUCCCAUCCUUUAGACUAAGGUCUCGCACACAGGGCCUGUCUAACCUCGUCCUCUGCCUGGUCCAGUGGCUUAUUGGAUUUAUAUUUCCCUACAUAUUCAAUCCAGAUGCUGGAAACCUAUCUGGGAAGGUUGGUUUUAUCUUUGGGGGCACUACCUUGAUAGGUUUCAUUGGCUGCUGGUUUUUGCUUCCAGAGACAAAGGAUCGCCCGGUUGCUGAGCUUGAUUAUUUGUACAAAGCCGGAGUCAAGCCUCGACAUUUUAGCAAGACCAAGAUGAACUAG